GUGCACAUUGGUGAAGACGGUCGUGGUAAAGACCCUGUGGCCCCUCGACGAAAUUUCAUUUUUUUUUUUUUCGUUUCGGUAGUUUCGGCCAAAAGUUGUGUGGUUCGGCGCUCAUCAUGCCAAAAUAGCCAAACUUCCUGCCGCAUUCUCCUAGCUCGGUCCACCUUUUCUAGGCUUGAAGUGUACGUCAGCUGUGCUGGAGCGAGGUUGAAGUAGGUAAGCUCUGGCCAUGAUGGCUGCAGCAAGUGAUGGCAAUGGUCACAUGGAUGUAGAUGACCAGCCAAAAUCAGAGGCUUUGCCAGCGCAGCAGCCGCAGAAUACAGUAAAUAGGUGCCAGACAGAUCAGGAUGCAGAAGGGCGAAGGUGUGUGCAAGCUCCGUCAAGACAGCAGAAUGAGCAGGACCUAGUUGAAGGGAGCCAUGCAGGUCAAAAUGCAGGAGACCGUCGGCAUUCAGAAGGCCGACCAUUGAAGGAUACAGGGAACCCAGGUGCUCAAGAUCAGGAGAGAGCACAGGAUGCUGGUGAACAGCAAGAACACCAACCUGCACUAAAUCCGGUGGACCCAGACGAAGCAGCAGCCCAGCAGCUGCGGCGUGCUGCAGAAAAGGGCGACAUGGCCACUCUGAAGCGGCUGCUGGACUCAGACCCGUCUCUGGCAACGCGCACCGAUGCCGACGGCUACACAGCGCUGCAUCGGGCCUGCUAUGCCGACCAGCUGGAGGCCGCACAGCUACUGCUAGAGAGGGCUCCGGACACCUUGGAGCGGCCUACUGUUGACUGCUGGCGCCCGCUGCACUCGGCCUGCAAGUGGGGCGCACUCAACUGUGCGCGGCUACUGGUCGACUGGGGCGCCGACGUGAACGCGCCCAGCGAAGGCGGCCUGACGCCGCUGCACCUAGCGGCCAGCCAGGCACGUUCGCGGGCCCUGCUCGAGCUGCUGCUGUGGUCGCCAUUCGCCAAUGUCGAUGCGCGAAGCCGCGCGGGCGACCGACCCGCUGACUUGGCCCACCGCCACAGCCCCUGGGCCAGCCUGUUCGCGCUGCAUGCUCCGGCGGUCAACCGCUUCUGACAACGACUUGCUUUGAAGACAUGUCGCGUGUGUGCAGUCUGCUGUGAAUGGGGACGCACUUCGUUUUGCGAAACCACAAGAAACAGUAGCGACUGCCAAACCUCACUGUGCUUUCCAGGUGUGAAGAUGUGUUCAAAUCCCUGUGUGGGUUAUAGUAGAGUAGUUAUAGGGUUCCUAACGUCUUCACAGUUAACCUGCGAUGGUUCCUCCGAGUUACUGAAUGGGCAGAUAAAAAACAAAGUAAUUUUUACCUUUUC